CGGCCUGUGAUUGGCGGACGCGGCCGACCAAUUGCAGCCGGACGAAUCACUGGCAAGAAUACUUGGGGCGAGUGAGUGAACGCAGCCGUAGUAAUCUGUGAGUGACGUUCUUUAUAGAUCUGGUACCUGAACAAAUAAGAGAGGCAAGAUGAGUAUCCAGUGGACUUUAAUAGCUGGUGUUAUGUAUGUGGAGUUGGCAGUCACCAUCUUUCUCCUAAUACCUAUCAUUUCACCACAGAGAUGGCACUCCAUCUUCAAGUCACGGUUUCUGAGAAGCAUUGGAAACAUGUCACAUAUAUACUUCAAGGUGUUCCUCGGUGUUUUGAGUCUUUUCUUCUUAGAUGCCAUCCGUGAGAUGAGGAAAUACAGCUAUGAGCUGUCAGAACAACAAAGAGGUGAUCAUGGGUAUCACCUGGAUGCUGAAAUGCAAGCUCACAUGAGGCUCUUCCGUGCUCAGCGCAACUUUUACAUCUCUGGCUUCUCCCUUUUCCUUUGGGUGGUGUUGCAGCGACUGAUGACUCUUAUUUCUAACCUUGCUGUUGCAAUGGCAGAAGGGCAUGCUGCCCUUAAGCAGGCCAAGACAGCCUCUGAGACAGCAGCUCAGCUUCUGAAGCAAGAUAAGGCUGACAAGGAAGAGGAUCAGCAGAAGGAAGCUAAUGUCUCAAAUGAGAUAAAAGAAUUGAAGGAAGACAAACGACGCUUGGAAGCAGAACGAGAUGCUGCUUUGAAACAGGCUGAAGCUGUUAGCCGUGAAUAUGAUCGGAUGCUUGAAGAACAUGCAAAGCUCCAGGAGCAGAUGAAAAAAGCAAGUGGUGCUGAAGAAUCCAAGAAGGAUGACUGAGAACAGUUUCCUAUCCUGCUAUGAUGUAAAUUAUGUUGUAUGUACAGGAACAAAUGGGAAGAGCAAGUUUGGUUAUCUUUUGAUAAUAUUCAGUGUUUAUUGAUCAGAUGAACAUUAUAGAAGUUAAACAUUAAAUUGACAUUAAUAAGCAAGCCUAUGAGAUCUUGCUUAGUGCAUAGGUUCCAAACAGUGCCUCUUGAUAUGCUGCUCCCAUGACAGUAAUGUAGGGGAACUAUAUUUAGAGGUUCGAGCUAUGUUGUAUGGUCUUUUUCUGAAGACUGGAGGAAGUGUAAUGAUGCCAUGAAAUUAGUGGUUUGUGAAAUUAAAUGCUUGGGCCUAUUUGAUUAAUUUUUCCUUUUAAAUAAAAGUCUUGUUGCCACAUACAAGGCUCCUUUGACUUCCCCACCCCAUCUCAGACAGAAAAAAAAAUGAAACCUUUUAUUUUAAUUUUGAUAAUUUUCAUAAUUUCCAGAAAUCAUGCAUAAAAGCAAUUUUUUUUUUUUUUUUUUUUUUUUUUUUUUUUUUUUUGCAUAGAUUACUGCCCAGUAGAUUUUAUAAAUAAUGUUCUCUCUUUCAUCAACAGUUUGCUUGACAUCUGUUAUCAAUUCCCUGGCCAUGUUGAUGUGUGCUUUUGCCAUAUAAAAAGUUCUAAUAAAUGCAUAAAAGAGACAGUAUGACAUGCUGUUAAAAUGUGUAGCUUUAUGAUGAACUAAAGUUUUAUUAACCCUAAAGCAAAGGCAUAUGACUGUGUAUAUGUUCAUAGGAUUGUUUGUGUGUGCAGAAUUAUCUUAUUUUCAACUUAGUUUCCUUAUAAAAUGUUUACUGUUGAUGUGGUGUGGCUGUUUCUAUUCAAUGUACUUAUCAUUGUAGUCAUUUUGUUUAUACAAAAGAGAGUUAUUAGGUUCACAUCUAAUCUUUUUCAUUUAUGUAAGGAAUUAUUUACUCGGAUAAUAACGAAAUAAAAUAAAAAUGCUAUUUAAA